CGGGCUUCCGAUAGAGCUUCGGAAACAGUCAAAAAGAGCGGGUCAUAUUUCCUCAGUUGGGACAGCUGUAUCAUCCUGAGCUCGAAGUAGUUGAUCUUUAUGCCUGCACGUCUCCAACUCCUCCCCUGCCCUCUUCCGAAACACGCUUCCAAGCUGAAGAUAUGCGUCAUGGAGUUACCCUCUGGCAAGCCCAGUGACUGUGGUGGCAAUGUUGUCCUACACCGAGAACAUAAGCACGGAUCUUACGGCUAGCAAUACGAUCAUAAGACGAACGUCUUCCGAGCUCUAGAGCUUGGUAUAAAGACUCACAAGGAAGCCUCGCCCUUUCCCCACGUUCCUAUUGCUUCUUAUAGCGACUUACUCCACAUUCUUGACCUCGGAUAAUUGUCGACUAUCAGUGUUACGCGCAACACCGCACAGUUCCGAACGACGGGUCCUUGUACACCAAUCCAUUUUACAAUGCCAGACUCGAAGCCAUUGGGCAAAAUCGCCAUUGUUGGUGGUGGCAUCAGUGGUGUCACCCUUGCAAUCGCUCUACUUCACCGAGGGCUCGAUGUCGACAUAUUUGAACAGGCAGCUCGCUUUGGCGAGAUUGGAGCAGGUGUUGCUUUCAACCCCGCAGCUGCCAGAGCAAUGAAGGUUUGUUCAUCGGACGUCUACGACGCCUUCGAAAAGGUUGCCACACGCAAUCAGGGAGAAGACAAGCAGUCCGUGUGGUUUGACUGGGUGGACGCCCAUAACGACACAGAAGUAGGAAAGCAAGAAUAUGCUUUCAGCAUCAGCAACGAAUUCGGAGCCAAUGCUGUACACCGAGCACAUUUCCUGGAUGAAUUGGUCAAGCACGUUCCUGAAGGUGUUACGCAUUUCGGAAAGCAUCUGGACACUAUCGAAGAGCUCGAAGACGGAAAACUGAAGCUACGAUUCCAUGAUGGAACCGAUACAACCGCUGACGCUGUCAUUGGAUGUGAUGGUAUCAAAUCGAAGGUGCGGACAUGGAUGAUGGGUGCUGAUAGCCCAUGCGCUCCGCCAGUAUACACACACAAAUACGCUUACCGCGGCUUGAUACCAAUGGAUAAGGCGAGAAAGGAGCUCGGCGACGACCUAGCACAGAAUGCUAAGAUGCACAUGGGCCAGGAUGGUCACGUCCUGACGUUCCCAGUCAACAAGGGAGCCACCAUGAACGUGGUCGCAUUCAAGGUCGAUCCUGGCCAGUGGCCAUCUGAUACUAAAUUGACAUUGCCUUCGGAGAAGUCGCAUGUCUACAAGGACUUCAAAGACUUUGGUGCGACCGUUCACAAGAUCAUCGACAUGCUAGAGCCGAAUCUUGACUGCUGGGCCAUAUACGAUACCGGUGAUCAUCCUAUGCCUUAUUACAACAAGGGUCGCGUAGUUGUUGUUGGUGAUGCUGGCCAUGCCACUUCUCCGCACCACGGUGCUGGCGCUGGCAUGUGUAUUGAAGACUCAGCAAUCAUGGCAGAAUUGCUUAAUGACCCCAGAGUGGCCGAGGCUGGUCACAAAGGCUUCGAUGCUGCCUUCCAGGCUUACAGCGAACAGCGAUUGGAGAGGACGCAAUGGCUUGUUCAAAGCUCGCGACGCUCAGGAGAUCUUUACGAAUGGAGGGCCGAAGGUGUUGGAAAGGAUUUUAAGAAAAUUGAAGAAGAGUGUCGCUCGCGAGAUGAGAAGCUGUGGAACGGUCAGGUCAAGGAUUAUAUCGAGGAAGCGAAGGCGCUGUUGACGAAACAUCUUAAGUAGUAGACGGCGAUAGUGUAUUGAACACAAAAUUCAUAUUUCCUUCAACCAUG